CCGGGCAAGCCGCAGCCGCGCGAGUGCGAUGCCUGCCGGGAAUUGUAGUUCCAAAGCGCUUAGCGCUAGCUGGGAAGGGGGCGCUUGAGAUGGGAGGAGGCGGCUGGACCCCCGCGGUCGCCUGGGGUCUGGCUGCUGCUGGCUCGCGUCUAGGGCAAGCUGUGUGGUUUGAACUGAGCUUUUUGUCCCGGCCUGCCCCCUUCUCCCAGAUCUGACACCCUUUCUCCACCACCACCCGGCGCUGGUGGAAACCGGUCCGCAGCCCCUAAUCUGCCCUGCAGCCCUCAUGGGCUGCCGCCCGCCGCCGCCUCGGCUGCGACACAGGACCAGGCAGGGAUAAGCGCCGGACCAGGUGGCCACCAUGUCCGGAGACUAUGAGGAAGAUCUCUGCCGGCGAGCGCUCAUCCUGGUCUCGGAGCUCUGCGCACGGUUCCGAGACGCCGACACCAGAGACAGAUGCCAGGAGUUCAACAGCCGGAUCCCCGGCUACCCCCGGGGCCCCGACGCAGACAUUUCUGUGAGUCUGCUGUCGGUCAUCGUGACCUUCUGUGGCAUUGUCCUUCUCGGCGUCUCCCUCUUCGUGUCCUGGAAGUUGUGCUGGGUGCCCUGGAGGGACAAGGGAGGCUCGGCAGUGGGCGGUGGCCCCCUACGCAAAGACCUGGGCCCUGGGGUGGGGUUGGCCGGCCUGGUGGGUGGCGGUGGGCACCUGGGGGCCGGACUGGCCGGACUGGGCGGCCACCCUCUGCUGGGCGCCCCCCACCACCACGCCCAUGCUGCCCACCAUCCACCCUUUGCCGAGCUGCUGGAGCCGGGCAGCCUAGGGGGCUCCGACCCCCCCGAGCCCUCCUAUCUGGACAUGGACUCCUACCCUGAGGCUGCGGCCGCCGUGGUGGUGGCCGCUGGGGUCAAAGCGAGCCAGACGUCUCCUGAGCUGCCCUCCGAGGCCGGGGCGGGCUCAGGGCUGCUGCUGCUGCCUCCCAGCAGUGGCAGCUUGCCCAGCGCCCAGUCUCAUCAGCAGGUCACGAGCCUCGCACCCAGCACCAGGUACCCGGCCCUGCCGCGGCCCCUCACGCAGCAGACGCUGACUACACAGCCGGACCCCAACAGCGAGGAGCGGCCGCCCGCCCUCUCCCUCCCCCUGCCCGGCGGCGAGGAGAAAGCCAAACUCAUCGGGCAGAUCAAGCCCGAGCUGUACCAGGGCACCGGCCCGGGGGGCCGGAGGGGCGGCGGGGGUGAGGCAGGCACCCCCUGUGGCCGCAUCAGCUUUGCCCUGCGGUACCUCUACGGCUCCGACCAGCUGGUGGUUCGGAUCCUGCAGGCCUUGGACCUCCCGGCCAAGGACUCCAAUGGCUUCUCAGACCCCUACGUGAAGAUUUACCUGCUACCUGACCGCAAGAAGAAGUUUCAGACUAAGGUGCACAGGAAGACCCUGAACCCCAUCUUCAACGAGACGUUCCAGUUCUCGGUGCCCCUGGCUGAGCUGGCCCAGCGCAAGCUGCACUUUAGCGUGUACGACUUUGACCGUUUCUCGCGGCAUGACCUCAUCGGCCAGGUGGUGCUGGACAACCUCCUGGAGCUGGCCGAGCAGCCCCCCGAUCGCCCGCUCUGGAGGGACAUCAUGGAGGGCGGCUCGGAGAAGGCAGAUCUCGGGGAGCUCAACUUCUCACUCUGCUACCUCCCCACUGCCGGGCGCCUCACCGUGACCAUCAUCAAAGCCUCUAACCUCAAAGCGAUGGACCUCACGGGCUUCUCAGACCCCUACGUCAAGGCCUCUCUGAUCAGCGAGGGGCGGCGUCUGAAGAAGCGCAAAACCUCCAUCAAGAAGAACACGCUGAACCCCACGUACAAUGAGGCGCUGGUGUUCGACGUGGCCCCCGAGAGCGUGGAGAGCGUGGGGCUCAGCAUCGCCGUGGUGGACUACGACUGGUGGCACUGGGCCGAGAUGCUGGCCAACCCGCGCAAGCCGGUGGAGCACUGGCACCAGCUGGUGGAGGAGAAGACUCUGACCAGCUUCACGAAAGGUGGCAAAGGACUGUCCGAGACAGAGAACCCGGAGUGAGAGGUCUGACCUGGGCCAGGGGUCUGACCAGGCCCCCUCAGGACUCCAUCCCUUCCUGCCCGGACCGAGAACUCAUCUCCUCGAAGCCAUAGCGUCCGAGCUGCUGGUGCAGGGCUGCCCUGGGCCCGCCUCUCUUUCCUGGACGUGUGUGGGUGGGCAGCAGGCAGCCCAGCGCCCUGGUUCACGGUGGGGGGCAUUUAGCCUCUGCUGUCUGUCUCGUCUUCCCCGGGGCCCCCCUCGAGGGAGGGGCCAUGCAUGUCUGGGAGACCCCUCCCCUCCCCUCCGUCUGUCUCUACUCUUGUCCAAGCCUGGUGUUCUGAUUCUUGUUCUCACUGUGAAUGUGUCCUGUGUCCCUGGAUACACAAACCUGUGUCCCCUACUGUGUUCACCACCACCCAAGUCUGGCCGACCCCCCCCACACACACAAUGCUGCUGCUAACAACGCCAGAAUAAACACUCUGUGGGUCUCACUACCUAGGGCUCACGUCCUCUCUGACGGGGAAGCUGUGUUAGAGCCAGUUGGCUCUGCAUCUGACAGUCGUGGGCCUUGUUCUGUGGUUGGGCAACUCAAUCCAUCCCUCUGGGGCUUAGUUUUUAAAAAUUAUCUUUGUCAGGACCAUUGUGUAUUGUAAGACAUAAAAUACAGCACAGAACCACAGAUAGAAUUGAGAGACCCCCAACAUAUGGAGAGUGGAACGGCACUGGGGGACUUCAGGUAUGGCUCGAUCCAGCUGCUCCUGCCACUACCUUUUGCUUUCCUCUUUUCUGUCUUGCUUCUCAGGUAGGAAUUGCAAGGCAAUUAAGUGGCUGCCUGAUGCUAUGGGCUUCUGCUGAAAAAACAAAGCAAAAAAAAAAUCUAAAGAUCAGAACUGCUUUUGGAAGAGCUUUAAUGAUGGGGCUCUCUUAUGGGGUUAGUGGGGACACUGAGUUUAGCGGCAUAGGCUGGUGAGUCGGUGGCUCUGGUACAGACUGUGCCCUGUCUCACACGGCGGCAUUAAAGCAGACAGCGCGGACAGGGCCUCCCCAUGUGUGUUCAUCUUUUCUCUCCCACAAGAGUUCUCAUUUCUCUUCCUGUCACACCAGGCUCUGCACAGACCCUGAGCUGCAGAGUUGUCUGGGAAGACAGGCAUCUGUCAUUUCUGGUCCCCAUCGUGCGAAGCAGGCCUUGCCAGCCAGAAAGCACAUGGAGUGGGUGGCUCUGGGUAGGACAUGAACAGGACCUGCUGCUACUGUGGAUGAAUGGGACCUGUGGUGCCUGCCCCGGCAGCGGAGAAUUUCCAAGGAAACAAAAUGAUGCUCCUCCAUGUCUUUCAGGAGAAGGAUUCUGAUUGGUCCUGCUCUGGCCUUGGUUGGCCUCCUGGGGCCAAUCAUUGUGCCCCUUUGGCAAGCAUGCUCUUGGCCCGCCCCUGCCA